AAAACCGAUCCAGCAGCGCGUCCUUCGCCGCGCGCUCCCACCGCAUCAGCGCCGCCCGCUCCUCCGCGCGCGCGCUCCAGGGGAACUCGCCGUCCGGCCAGUUGGGCGCGGUCGCGGGCCCGAGGGGGUCCGGCGUGGGGGAGGCGUGGGUGUGGUGGGGUUGAUUGUAACCACUAUGCCCUUGAUGAUGACCACCACCACUAUGCCCUUGAUGAUGACCGCCACCACUAUGACCAUGCCCGCUUUGGCUAUGACUGUGCCCGCUUUGGCUAUGACUGUGCCCGCUUUGGCUAUGACUGUGCCCGCUUUGGCUAUGACUGUGCCCCGAACCGUGCCCACCACCCGUCGCCUGCCGCCUCCUCUUCUUCGCCGGCUCCCCGCCCCCACUCUCUCCGGGCGGCGCCACAUCCAAGAGGACCCGUCCCACGCCCUCCAGCCGGACGACGUGCAGGCGGCGCGGCGGGUUGGGCGCGGGCCGGAACGCUGCGAGGCGACGCUGCUUGCGGGCGACGCGGGCAGGGUCUGCGGCGGGGAGGGUGAUGUUUGGAUCGGUCGGGGGCUGAUUGGAGGUAUUGGCGAACGGAUGCUGGGAGGGGGGCGAUAGGGAGGAGUGCGGGUAGGUAGAAGUUGCGGGGUAAGAGGCGGAAGUAUUGGUGGCGUUCGAGUUCGCGAGAUUAUACGCGCUCGAAUAAUACGGGCCCGACGGGUACGGAUUCGCCGCGUACGAGCCCAGCAAUGACGUCGGCGUCGGAU